AUGGACGCAGCACUGGUGACUGGUUGUAGUGAGGGUGGACUAGGAGAGGGUAUCGUGAGGGCCUUUUUGGCUGAAGGACUCCACGUCUUCGCCACCGCCCGCUCCAUCUCCUCCAUGGCCUACCUCCAACACAUCCCCAACAUCACUCUCCUCGCCCUCGACGUCACCUCCUCCGAAUCCAUCGCCUCAGUCCUCUCAUCCGUCAAAUCCCACCUCCAUCUCUCCCCAAAUACCAAUAACGGAACCCACCCAAAGCAAGACCAGUCCAGCCCCCGCCGCCUCAAAUACCUCAUCAACAACGCCGGCAUCGGGCUCAUCCGACCCCUCCUCAACGGCACCGGAAUCAGCGAUGCCGAACGCCUAAUCUACGAGACCAACGUCUGGGGUCCAUUGGCACUCAUCAGGGCUCUGACGCCGUUGAUGAUCGCUGGGAAUACGGUUUCUGGCGGUGGCAGUGGGGAGUGUAUGGUAGUCAACAUCACCAGCGGCGCGGCGCUCGUCCCGCUGGCUUGGCAUGGGGUGUACUCCUCGUCGAAGGCGGCGAUGGCGUCGUUAUCUGAGGCGAUGGGGUUGGAGAUGGAGCCGUUGGGUGUGCGGAUCGGGACUGUGAUUCUGGGGAUUGUGAAGACGAACUUUCAUGCGAAUAUGAAGGAUCAACGUGUCGAGAGCAGUGAGGGUGGCGGUGAAGGUGGAGGUGAAGAUGAAGGUGGUGAGAGGGGCGAUGAGAGGUAUGAGCUUGCGGAAGGGAGUUACUAUGAGGGUAUUAGGCAUAUUUUGAGGGAUCAGGCGAGUGGGAAGAUUCAGCAGGGGAAUAUUUGUACUGCUAAGGAGGCGGGUAGGCAGAUUGUGCGGGAUGCUGUGAAAGGGAAGAAGGGGAAGACGUAUAUUGGGAGUUCGGCGGGGAUGAUGAGUAUUUUGGGGAUCAUACCGCAGUGGAUUGUGGAUGCUGUCUGUAAGAAGACGGGCCAGCUGGAGGAAUUUGUCAAAGCUUAG